GAAGGCAGCCAUGAGUAGUGGAUUUGUCAGAAUGGAACUACUCCCUGAGACUUGUCUUCAGUUGAGUGAGAGCUGGUGUAGUGGAAGGUGUGGUGCAAGUGCCUCGUUUCAGGAGUUUUGAUUUUCAAUCUCUUGGUGUUGUUGCUGUUCAAAAGAAGAUAUUUAUAUCAGGAGUGCUAGAUCAAACUUACGUUACUGGAUUGUGCUUAACGGCCCAAAGCAGCAGCCAAGAUGAGGGGAGCUACGAAAAUCGUCUUGUUGAGUCUGCUAAUAUCAAAGAUAAUGGCUCAGCAGGUUGACGAGGCGUUCACACCUAACAUCCAGGCAUCUUGCAAUGCUGGGUACAUGCAAAUCAAUGUCUAUGUCAAUAAUUUGGAUUACAGAGGUGCUGUUCACGCCCGAGACUUCAGGAAGAGCCAGUGCAUGGCGGUUGGCGACGGGUCCGGCCAUGUCACCCUCAGUCUACCGCUCAUCACGGAGAAGAACGACCCUAAUUACUGUGGUGUCAGGACGAAUACGACAAGUAACGAGAAGUAUGUGCCAGUAGCUGUUCGAAUCCACGAGACGCUCGAGUUAGCGGACGAUAAAUUCUACGUGAUCAAGUGUGGUCUGCAAGGCUUCUUCAACAGCAGGAAUGAGUCAAGCUUUGUGAAUCUGAAGCUCCUUGACAUGGACCACAAAAAGACGAAGGAAGCCAUAUUCGACAGGAAGUAUAUAUUGCAAGCUGAUAUUUCACGUCCAGAUACGGAUCACAAAAUGAGAGUCAAGAACUGCUUCAGUUUUGGAGAACCCAAUGACACCGUGCCACUCACUGACGACAGAGGGUGCCCCCAGGGAAACCUCAUCACACAGUUUGUAUACAACGACACUGCAGGAACUGCCGAAGCUGUUUUGAACAACAUGUUCAAGUUUCCGAGCACAAACCGUGUUCAUUUCCAGUGCGAUGUGCUCAUCUGCAAAGGCCCCUGCGAUACUGAGAGAUGCGAAGGAAGGCCCGAAAGACUGACGGUCGCCCAAGGACGCUCUCUCCCUGACGCAGAGGCUAAUAGCUUGGAUAAAUCCGGCAGAGUACAGGCCACCACUACAGUCUUUGUAGUGGAACCGACGUCAGCUGGUCUCGCUAACUGCGAAUGGUAUCCUCCAUGGCUCUGGAUAUUAUGUAUCGUUUUGGCUGUUCUGUUCAUCAUCAUGAUGAUUAUCAAUAUCUUCUUGUGUUCAGCCAUGACUUGUUCUUGCACCAAGACAGAAGUCAUCGAGAAGGAACCGUCGAUCAUCGAGGAGUACGACCCCUACAGGUCAUGGCACGGUUCACAGUAUGGGUCAAGGUAUUCCCUCAACGGCAAAGGCUACACCUCUGGAGCAUCGACAAUGAACUCCGCCCGGUCUGUCUCCUCCCACAGCGACCACUACGCCAUCGUGCACUCCCGCCCAAACUCUCGCUACUCCGGACACCACUCCCUCAAGCACGACAAACACCAUCACCACCAUUCCAGAGGACCUCCCUCCACCACUGGAAGCCACUACUCGGCUAAAUACUGAAAAUGAAGUGAAUGUAGUACCAACAUUUUCCAUUUUUUAUCCCUUCAUUAGAUCAUCCUAAUUGGUUUUCUUAAAAUUUGGGAACCCCAGAUAUCGAAUGUUUGCACAACAAAGGGACCUCCUCUCUUCGUUGAAUGAAAAUUCUUCUCAUUACAUCGGACACCCCGGUCAGUUAACAGGAUUUCUCUCCCCCUAAGUUUUAGAGAUGGAUUUGGGAGGAGAGCUUAAUCCUCUUGGGAAGAGAGGCAAAUAUUUACUUAGAUUAGAAACGACGUACGUAAAUUUGUAUCUUUCUCCUAAAUAAGAAAAACUACGAAGAAAAGAAUGUAAAUAUUAUUUUGACGAAAAUUUAUUUGAUAAAUAAUAAGUAUAGUAUGUUUAUUUUCUUUAUCGUCUUAACAAAAUUGAAGGGUUUCUAAUGAAAAUUAUUUUUGACGGAACAACAUACAAAAAAAUAUAUUAGAACUGCAUCCAGGUGCCAGAACAUAAUAGUCCGAGGAAAGUGUCAGACCGAGAGCAAACGCAGCAAUGUUUUCGGGCUAUUUUCAUGUCAUCUUAAUUGAACCUUCUGACACUAAUUGUAUUUGACUGAAACGGGGUUUCGGUUCUAUGAUUUGCCAUUGACAUCUCUCACUCUCUCUCUCUGUUGAUUUCUCAACCCUUUAUUUCGAGGACUUGGUGUUUCCACCACGGACCACAAACUCUAAUGCUAUAACUGACUGGCAAAAGAUUAUUAUUUGGUAUUAUGCAUCAAAAUAGGUGGUAUAUUUAAAUGAAUUUGAUAAUGCAUUUUUCUUCUUUAAUUACUAAUUCAUCAUAGUUAGGACGAUGCUUCAGCACACUCACAAACACACACACACACACACUUUCUUUAAUAGCAGAAAUCAUGGGCAUACAUGAAAAACCCUGAAAAUACAUGAAAAAAACUUGAUAUAUUUAAGUAAGCCACUUCUGACCAUACUACCGAUUUACAAGUUGUUAAAGCCUUGCUCUUCCAAGCCUCAACUCGUUUAGCAACCAGAAUCAGCAGGAAAGUGGCGUAUUUACCUCCCACUUGCAGUUUCCCCAUAUACGCAAGCGCUUUCUGUCACAUGAGGGGCCUGACAGGCUUUGCUUAUAGGAUUACUAUCCUUCACCUCACCGAGUUUUUUGCUGAACUAGUAAUGCGCGGCCUUCUCAUUUCAGUCAUUCUAAAUAUCAGUAAAUAGAACGAACGCCUUUCCUAAUUUCUCGGAAUAAUUUACUAAGCAUAAUCUUUUUUCAAUUUUGGGUUUGAAAAAUAACGAUGCGGAAUAUCAGUUAAAUGCAUCCAAAAUUAUACCUUCUAAGUGAUAAAGCAUAAAAUAAACUCGUAAGAAACGUCAAUUCUUGUGAAUUCACCCGCUUUGCCAAUCGAUGAUAAGAGACAUCGAAACAUAGAAAUGACGAGGCCAAGAGUUUGUGGUCAGUGGUGGCAAGAGGUAGCGUUCUGGCACCUAUCUCUAGUCUAGUCUAGAGUUCACUAGCCAGAAGAGCUCGACUAGACUCCAAGCUUUCUGUGCUCUUUAAAUUUGGAAUCUGGAUCACGCGACGUAUAGUACGUUGGGAUGUGGGUGCUAGGGAAUGAGGUCAUUAAUGUCAUACAGCCUAUUAUGAUACUAAUAACAGUUAUGCAUAAUGACAGUCAUAGGGAUGCUAGUAAAGUAACAUUGUUAAUUGUAAUAAUACUAUUGCCUCUCCAUGUAUGUAUUAACAUUGUUAUUGCAGUCCUAAAAUAGAGGCUUUAUUGUUUACUAAUGUAUAAGGUUUUUGGAGCCGCUAGAUGAAUGGACCUAUUGCCCUAGCCAACAAGACUGAGGGAUUCAUCAUUUUGUUUUGGAAACCUACAGUCAACAGUGGCUACCAUUUUUAUUUUUUGUAUGACACUCAUAGGGAACACUUAGGGUGUCAGGGCACGACGAUGAAACCUUAAAAAGACUCGUUGGUAAGGGCUAUAGUUCUUCAUUGACUUGGUGUAGUUUUUUCAUGAAGCUAUAAUGUGAGUGAAACUUGAUCAUUUGAUGUAGUGCAUAGAAAAUGUCCACCAGUGCCUGACUGGAAGGAAGGAAGGAAGGAAGGAAGGAAGGAAUGCAUGUGUUCAAAUAUCGGAAAACGAAAUUUCGUUGUAAAGGUGAAUCUUCUUGCCCCGUGUUUUCUUGGAAAAACUAACAGCUUGACAGGGAAAUAUAUUAUGCCUCGCGCGCUCUGAUUCCCUAAGUUAUGGUGCCUAUUUAUUAGCGUAAGGGACAAGUAGCUUGCGUUUCUCUAACUCAUUUUAAAGCUUUUACGAAAAUUUGUAUAUUUCCCGUAGUUGUUUUAAUCUUUACGGUAAUCAUUUCUGAUUAACGAAGUUGCAUGACUUGUUAAUUUGUGUAGACCGGAUUCAAAAGACAACGUUCGUCUCAAACUCUGAUUUUUGAGAAGAAACAGAGUUCUAGUUUUGUUUGACUUUUGUUCCAUCUUUGAAACUGGCAAAAGAAGAGCAAAUAUUAAGUAGUUUGAUUUUGUGAGAAUAAAGAGUUGUCUGGAUUAGGGAGCUUUAGCUUUUGAUGAGGGUUCCUUUUCAAAAACUCUCCUGAAGAAAUGGUACAAUUCUUUUGAUUUAAAGCUGAAAAUACUUUUUUACAAGUUUUUGGACUAAAAUGGAAAGUUAGAAAAGAAAAUAGGGAUAUAUGCAGCUUCCAGAAAAAAAUUAAUGUGAGAUAAAGACAGCAAAUGCGAUGGUUUUAUCUAUCUAAUAUGCUCAUGGAAAUAUAUUGAUAUUCAAAUGUCACUUGGUUAUAGCAUCAUGCUGCAAGGCACUUGUAUGACAGCGAUACAACAGUUAAAGACGAACGCCACGAAACAGUCAAUUUAUGCAAUAAUGGAGUGCAGCUAAACCCUGAAGAUGAUUUUUCUCUUGCACUCUGAUUUUGGACAAUGUAAAGGAAAAAAUAUGACUUCAGUGACAGAAAAUAAAAGUUAACUUUUUAACAAGAAGAGAGAUGAGACUGACAUUUUUCGAAUUCAAAACUGUAUAUUACAAAUUUAUAAUGUAAAUAUCUUUAUAGCUAAAAAUACUGAAUCGCUACUAUAUUAUUUAUUUGAUAACGAAAAUAACGUUCUAUUUUUUCAACGACUGCUCAUGAUAUCGCUACCCAGUGUUCGUCUAAGGAGAGACGUGGUGAUAUUGAUAACCUAGGGUAUUUUUAAGUUUAUAAAAAUUAAAGAAAUAAAUAAAUAAAGAAUCAAAGAAGAAAUCGAUCGCAUUCCUUUUCAUGAGAAAUCUCAUUCCAUACGGAUAAAACCAUUGCUUCUGCCGUCUUUGUGUUCUCAGUAUAGUGUGUGCUACUGCUGUCUCCAAAACAACAUUAAAGUGAAAGUUAGACUUGUUAAUAACGUAGUCAUAAGGCUAAUAUCAUUAACUCACCGCCAUACUCAUCAUAUUUUCACAAGCCAUCGAUUUUAUUAUAUUGUUUGCUAACUUUUUAAUUGAUAAUGAGAAUUUUCAUUUUCACCUUACACUAAAAUAUGAGGGUUGAUCAUCUCCCCCGUUUUUUUUCCCCUGAACAAUUCCAUUCUGUAUCUCUCUGAGCAAAACAAAUUUUAGUCUGUCAUUGUGCGUCGGAAUCAUGGACCUUGAACGUAAAUAAUAUAUUGUAAAUGCAUUGUUUUCUAGUGUAUAAAGUGACAAAAUGAUUUAAAUCGUGAUACUAAAAUGAAAAUAUGUCCCCUUUUGAGUUUACACUGUUACUGGUAACUCCAGCAAUACGAUUACGCUACGGAAUAUAAGGAAUCCGUACGCUCCACUCCCUGCAAUUACAAAGAACGCUUUCAUUUUAGAAUUUAAUUCCUAGCCGAUGGAAUCGGUAUUCCCAAAGUACUGAGUAAUGCCCACCGCGGGGAAUAACAUAGUCAUCCCUAAUCCCAUCAAAGGGAGUUGGCAUCUCCAGUUCAGUUCCCAUCACACGUAAUCUGUGUCAGUGAGUAAAUUCUCCUGAAAUGAUUUCGAUUUCAGUUUUCCCAUCCAAAUGUCUAUGACAGGGAAUUUGUAGAGUAUUUCCAUUGUAUAAAAACAUCAAAGCGAAAUGUUCAUUUGCUCAACUCUGUGAAUUUCACCAAGUGCAAGAACAGAUUAAUUUUUGAUCUGGCGACUCGUAAUUCCAGAGUCGUGAAUAUAAUUUUCUUUUCUGUCUUCCUCGCCGGUGAUUGCUCGUUGCACCUCUGUUUUUUACAUCUAAUAAUUUACUCAGUGUAGCAAUUUAAGAAAUUUUACAUUCAAGGUAAAUUACCAGCAAAAUUUACGUGAUCACGACAUACAGUAUUUUAUUUGAGAAAUUAUGUACAUGCAUUAGUCUAAAUAUGUGCUAAUAAGUUACCUGGGGAAGUAACAGUUUACCUGCAUAAAUUAUCAUUGUAUGAUAAGUUUUUCGAUGGGAAACCAUUUGUCUACAUUACAUACCAAAGCUUACGAUAAAUUUUAUUCUUGGAAACUAUGAUUUAUCAUGAUUCCGACACAGGAAUGACCAUGAAGUCAAAUUUUGAGGUUUUAUUUCUUACUAUCCAAUUUUGUAUGGAAUUGUAUUAUGCCAUUCGCCUUAUAUUUUCUUAUUGAAUUGUUACUGAUUGUUGAAUGUGAUUUACUGUUAAAAUUUAUAAGGAAUACAUUUUUAUUCACAACUGAUACAGAGAACAUAAUUUGAAUAAUGCGGAACUAUAGAUGUGUGUCCUCAUACAAAUGACUUGAAAGUUUGACAACGCUUUUGAGCUCUUUCUUGCUGCCGCCUAACAGCUCAGUUUAGUCUUUUCUUUAUUCAAGAAUGCAACAAACGCUACAAGUAACAAAUGCUGUGUAUAAAGUUUGUACAAAGACUUAUACGUUUUUAAUAAAUAAAAAAGGUCAA